AGGGAGUCUGCAGAGGCCCUUUGCAAGCCCUUAGUCCUUUGUUGGAGCCACGGAUUCGGGGUCAUUUGCAGCUGAUCCUUCCCACGAUGUUGCCUAUCAGAUGUUCUCACCCUCUCUCUCUCUCUCUGCAGGAGGGCUUCUGGUUGGCAUGCCAGAAGACCCACCUCCAAGCCAGAUCCUAGCGGGAGCGGAUCUCCAGUACUUCAUCCAGCAGUUUAAAAAGUCUGGCUUCAGGAGACCAUUGAACUGGUACCGGAACAUGCGAGCCAACUGGCGGUGGAGCCUCUCUGCAAAAGACAGGAAGAUCCUGGUCCCGGCUUUGAUGGUUACUGCCGGGAAGGACUUUGUUCUCCAUCCUAAUAUGAGUAAAGGCAUGGAGGAGUGGAUUCCCCAGCUGACCCGGGACCACAUUGAAGAGUGCGGACACUGGACUCAGAUGGAAAGGUACCGCAUGCACUGCGGGGGCGGGUUGGCUGGCGUUUAAAGCCCUCUCGUCGUCAGGCGCUGGGGGCCUGACUGUAAGCGCUGCUUGGCAGCCAGCUCUUGCUCCGGCGCCCUUGCUGCACGGAGUGAGCUUUUAGCAAGUCUAAAGAUGCGCGGCGAGGGAGUGGGGCG